AUGACUGAAAAAUCGUUUUGGAAACAAAUGGAAAACUUUCCAUAUACUCAAUUAACAUUAUUAUGUCUAUUAAGAUUAGGUGAACCAUUAGUAUUUACAUCAAUUUUUUCAUAUAUAUUUUUCAUGAUUAAAGAUUUUGGUAUAACAAAAGAUAUUUUGAAAAUUUCAACUUAUGCUGGAUAUUUAUCUUCAAGUUUUGCAAUUUUUCAAUUUUUAUUUUGUGUUCAACAUGCUCAAGCAUCAAAUAAAUAUGGUAGAAAACCUAUAUUAUUAUUUGGAGUAUUUGGAACUGGUAUAUCAAGUAUUUUAUUUGGUUUUAGUUCAAAUUUUUUAAUGGCUAUGAUUGCAAGAUCAUUGAUGGGUGCAUUAAAUGGUAAUAUUUCUGUAUUAAGAGUUGCAGUUGGUGAAAUUGCAGUGGAAAAAAAACAUCAAAAUAUUGCUUUUUCAAUAUUAGCUACUACUUGGAAUAUUGGAGCAGUUAUUGGCCCAUUAAUUGGAUCUUAUCAUUUAUUUACAAGACCCAAAAUUCAAAUUGAAAAUUAUAAUGAAUUCGUUAAUAAAUAUCCGUAUGCAAUGUCUAAUAUUGUUUUUGCUGGUUAUUUAUUUUUUAGUUUAAUUUUAGGCUUUUUAUUUUUAGAAGAACCUUCUGAAGAAUUUAAAGGUAGGAGAGAUUAUGGAUUAGAAUUGGGUAAUUGGAUUUUGAAAAAAUUAGGAUUUAAAAAAUCGAAAUCGAGAAAAGGAGAAGAUGAAGAACAAGCUGAUGAAGAAGAAAGAGAGGUUUUACUUUCGGCAAAUCAAGUAUAUUCUUCAUUAGAAGAAGAUGAAGAAGAAGUGAUUGAUAACACUUUAGUUUCUGCAAGAUAUGGAGAGGCGGCUAGAAGAAGAUAUUCAUCAGAACAAUUAGGUCCAGUAAUUUCAAAUAAUCAUGUUACUACAAAUGUUCCAGAAUCUUAUUUUACAAGAGAAGUAUUUACUGGACCAGUUAUUCAAUCUGUUAUAUCAAAUUUUUUAUUAUGUUUUCAUGCUGUUUUAUAUUCAGAAUUUUUACCAGUUUUAUUGGCAAGUCAAUUAAUUAAUUUAAAAUGGCCUUUUACAAUUGCAGGUGGAUAUGGGUGGAGUUCGGAAUCAAUUGGUAAAUUAUUAUCAAGUACUGGUAUAAUUGGUACUAUAGCAGUUAUAAUAUUAUUUCCAAUUUUAGAUCAUCAUUUAAAAACUGUUACAAUUUUAAGAUUAUCUUUUGUUUUAAUUCCAAUUGCAUAUGCACUGCUUCCCUACUUUUUAUUUUUCAAUCAAGAUUACGACGCGUCGAAUCCAUCGUGGUUAUCAGCUUUUUGUAUUUAUUUGGUUGCAUUAAUUUUAUCAACAGUUGUAUCAAUUAGUUUUUGUGUAUCCAUGAUAAUGGUUCAUAGAUCAUCAGCAAUUCCAUCACAUAGAGCAUUUAUAAAUGGUGCUGGUAUAAGUCUUAAUUCAUUAGCUCGUGGUAUAAGUCCUAUUUUAUUUGGUCAUUUCAUGACUUGGUGUAAUGAAAAUGAAAUUGGUGGUUUACCUUGGUUUGUAUUGGGAUUAAUUGCAUUGAUUUGUUUGAUACAAUCUUUUUUUAUGGAUGAAUACGAUGGUGUUUAG